CAUUAGAUUUAGGUCCAUUUCUGCUCAUGUCCUCGUGUAACUCCCGUCAGCUCGGUGCCGCACUUCCUCCCAUGUAAUCGCAACGUCAUGUUUGUUUUGUAUGACUCUUCGGCUGAAGGAAAACAUGAGAAAAGCAGCAGUGGAGUUCUGUGUUGUGAAUGUCACUGUCAAGGGACAUAAAGAGUUAGUUGUUCAUUGUUUUGCUCCAGUUAAGUAGCAUUUGCGUGUAAGCUACUUACACUUUUUGCAUUUUUUUAUACAGUAAUUUUCAAAGUGAGUCGUAUUUAAUCAAGUAAUGAAAGUUGAGUACUUGAGUAGCCAAUUUCCAUGUUAUUCUGCUUUCUACUUCACUACAUUUUAGAGUGAAAUAUAGCAGAGGUGGGACCAAGUCAUUGUUUUGCAAGUCACACAUCAUGGAGGAUUCUGCUCCACCUCGUGGGUGUUCUAUGUUCGCGUGGCUGGUGGGAGCGUCACAGGUGCUGGGUCUGGCGUCAGUGGUGCUGACUGGUGUGUGGAUGGGUCACUACCGUGGGGGCUUCGCCUGGGAUGGCUCAUCGUACCAGUUUAACCUGCACCCUCUGUGCAUGGUGCUGGGGCUGGUCUUCCUGCAAGGGGAUGCCAUCCUUGUCUACAGGGUAUUUCAAAAUGAGGCGAAGAGAAACGUAAAGAUGCUUCACGGCAUCAUUCACCUGCUAGCCCUUAUCAUCAGCAUCAUAGGUGUUGUAGCUGUGUUUGACUUCCACAGAGCAGCAAAGAUCCCAGACAUGUACUCUCUACACAGCUGGUGCGGAAUGGCUACCUUAGUCUUAUUCUGCGUACAGUGGGUGAUGGGUUUGCUGUUCUUCCUGUUUCCUGUUGCGUCAUCAUGGUUACGAGCCUCGUACCUCUCCAUACAUGUGUUCUGCGGUCUGGUUCUGGUGGUCAUGUCCAUAGGGAGCUGCCUGCUCGGCAUCACUGAGAAGCUCCUCUUCAGCAUCAUGCCAGUCUACUCUCUGUUCGCCCCAGAAGGGGUUCUGGCCAACAUCUUGGGGAUCCUGCUGGUGUCUUUCGGAGUUCUUCUGUGCUACAUGAUCACCAGGGAAGAGUACAGACGUCCCCCAAACCCAGAGGAAGAGUCUCUGUCCGUCCACUUCAAAACCCUGACUGAGGGGGGGUCACCCACCACGCCUUGACCUCAGUGUGAGGUCUGACACCACCCACCCCAGUGUCCUGCCAACAGACUAGCUGUGCUACCACUCUCUGUAAUACGAAGUCGUUAGUCGAAACACAAAUGGCCAUGAAUGUGGUCCGAAAAUACAGUUUUCAAAAGUUUAGGUUUGCUUCAGUGUUUCAAAAUGAUCAUCUGAAUAUCAAUAUCUCACCCCGUGUCACCGUGAUUUCUUGAAGAGUACAUGCCUUUACGGUGGACGAAGAGUUAAUAACGGAGCAAAGUCUUGAUGAAUUGAAUUAAAUGGCAGCUGUGUUUAACAACAGCAAUACUGUGUACAACUCAUGCAGUGUAAUCCAAGUCUCAUUCAUGCGGUCGUAUGCUCACUACUUCCCAAACAAAUGCAUUUCUGCUAAAACCACAAUUAAAACAGUUCCGCAUAGACGAUCUCACGCUUGCCAGGCGUGCUACUUGACUGUAGCAAGUUUUAAAAAAUACAUUUUUAGAGGAAAUGCAUGUGUUUUAGAAGUAGUGGUCAUUAGUUUUAAUCCAUCAGACCGUCGGUCUGAUCCGUCAGUUGGAUCAUGUAGCUCUUGAAAAAUAAGGUUUGCUAAAUUGAGUGUUUCACACUUGCUGGAUAUGUUUAUAAUCAACUUUGCAUGUUUUUCUGCUAUUUGAUAUAAUAGUUAUUUUAACUGUAUAUUGAGCGUCUUUGGCACAAGCGUUUCUUCUUCGGUUGAUUUAAGUUGUCUUUUGUGCAUUUGGUGGUAGGUAAAUAUAAGUAUCUGAUCUGACUGUAUCGGUAGGUUAAAGGACUCAGAUCGGUAUCAGGGACAAACACACUUGAUAGAGAUCCUUAGUAAGUAGCUGUUGUAACGUUACACACCAAGUCAAACUAAGUGUUCUUUAUCUAUAUGUGCCUCAGAUUCAAGUGUUGAGAAGCCAAGUCAGUACAGUGUGUACACAACACAUAAUGCAUAAGUAUAUUCCAUUUGUCUAUUGGUAAGCUGUUUGUAUUUAAAUGGACUGUCAUAUUAAAAAUAUCUGUUCAGUGUGUAUAUUUAA